GUCACUCACUAGACUUAUAAAAGUAAAAGUCAGUCAUUGUUUAUUUUAUUAUUUAUUAACUUUUCAAGUCUCAUCAGUCAUUAUGAAUAUGAUUAACUAGUUAGAUCUAGACUUAAGACUAGAAUCUAGUAACAAGAUAUAGCCAUCAAAUGACUCUAGAGUCUAGAUCUAUCUAGGUAAUUACUAAAUUAUUGUUAGAACAAAAGUCUAGAUUUAGAGUCUAGACUGUCGAUGGAUCCUCAAAAUGAAACCUUACCCUCGGACUCAGACAAACAGCAGUCUCAGUCUGAUUCUAAAACAAGUAAUAUUUCCACAAGUAUCUGCAGUAAUGAAAGCUGGAUGACCAGUGGCAGUGUGAGUGGGAGCGGUGCCACAGUUGGUGAUGGGGACAGAUUCAUCAAUGAUGGUGACCUAGACAAUGAUAACACAGUAAGUGAGGAGUUGUCUAGAUUUAGCUCUCCCUCACAAUCCCAGAGUUCAUCCUGCACCAGUAUAACAAACCCAUUCUAUGAUGGACCCAUCACCAUCAUGAGUGAAAGUACCUCAGGUAUCAAUGCCUCCAACAAUCAAAUAAUGUCAGGAAAAUUAGCAGAAGUAGGUGGCAGAAGCAAUCAGAGACUGCCUCAAAGUUUACAUCGAAAAAGAAGCUCUGUCACGGCUAAUACUGGCCCCAGGCAAGCUGCUAGCCAAUCUACAGGUAUACCAAAUCAAAGUGUAUCAGGAGAUGCUCCAACAGCAAGCCAAGCUGAAGAAAAAAUUCAACAAAGAGUGAUUAUUAUCUGGGAUUUAGGUUACCUUUUGACCUGUCAAGGCUUCUUGCAGUUCUUGCAACUGUUCAUGACAGUUGCUGCCCUUGUUUGUUUGGUCAGUGCUGGAGGUAAAGAUGGAGGACUCCUCAACCUUCCCCUGAGCUGGCAUUUUAGAAUCAUGCUGUUUGUGUUGGUACUGACUCUACUCGUCACUGUGGCACUCCUCUUUGGAAAUGUCACUUCCUUGAUUUCUAUAUUUGGAUUUGAGUGGACCUUUUUUGACAUGGUUGUAUAUUCCUUAUUUGCUUUUCUGUACCUUGUGGGUUCUUCUCUUGUUGCAAGUGCAUUUGACUUCUAUGAAAAGAUGAAAACAGAUGUCUCUAAAGAGACUAUAAGUCAACUUGUCACUUCAGUGAUUCUAGGCUAUGUUUGCAUGUUGCUGAAUGGAUUUUCUGCUUUUAUAAGCUACAGAAAGUGGAAAAUACAGUAUCGUUUGUAUCGACGGAGAAAAUUGAUUGAAGAAGAUGAGAUAGAUCUUUAGAAUUAUUUAGAAUUAUGCUUAUUUUACAAAGCUUUGUAGUAAUAUUUGAAAUAGACUGACUGAAAAUAUGUCCUGCACUAGAAUAUAGUGCUGUUAAAUUUGUAUUAUUAUAUGUAGCUGUUUCAGAAGUAAUUUCACUUACUGAAAUUUGCUUAAUCUAGAUUCACAGUUACUAUUAUUCUUAUGAUAUUACCUGUAUGAAUAACAAUUCGCUAAAGCUUUUACUAUGUCCCAAUCACCAAAUAAAUAUGCUAGCAAAUGACAUCAAUGCGGGGAGGGGGGGGGGCUGCUGUGUUGUGUUGCUCAUCCUAUGACUUGUUCUUUUAUUGAUAUCCCCGAGAGCAAGUGCAGAUACUCUAACCCCCCACUUAAAAAAUUAUGCAUACGUUUUAAUGUAUUAAAAUGUGAAGCAUAUUUUAUAGACAAAUUUCAAAGUGCAGUGACUGUUAUAUUUUUCAGAAAGUAAUUAGACCUGGUUUAAAAAAAAAAAAAGUUGCUUUAAUUGAUUUCUUUUUUUU